UCCAGCUUUUCCUAAGCUGUGAACGUGGUAGCACUUAAGAGACGCACUAGUGGUUAUCAUUAGGUGUUUUGCCCGUCAGCAACACCGAUCAGUAGGAUGGCUGCUAACCCCCAAGGUCUUGCGUCUGCGCUAGGCGCCGCGCGCACCAUCGCAAAUGUUGUGUUGUUCGGUGGUGCGACUCUCUGGGCUGGGUCCAACAGCUUGUUCAACGUGGAGGGUGGUCACCGUGCCAUCGUCUUCAACCGGCUAAUGGGCAUCAAGGACAACGUCUACCAAGAAGGAACGCAUAUUAUGGUGCCGUGGUUCGAGCGUCCCGUCAUCUAUGACGUGCGUGCCCGGCCAAGCGUCAUCCAGAGCCAAUCGGGAAGCAAGGACCUUCAGAUGGUGAACGUCGGCCUCCGAGUACUGACGCGGCCCAAUCCCGACAAGCUGCCGGAGAUCUACCGCACGCUGGGCACUGACUAUGCCGAGCGUGUGCUGCCCUCCAUCAUCCAGGAGACCCUGAAGAGCGUCAUUGCGCAGUACAACGCCAGCCAGCUGUUGACCCAGCGUGAGGUCGUGUCGCGCGACAUCCGCCGCAUCCUGACCGAGCGCGCUCGCUACUUCAACAUCGUGCUGGAGGAUGUGUCCAUCACCAACCUGACCUUCUCCAAGGAGUACACGGCCGCCGUGGAGGCCAAGCAGGUGGCGCAGCAGGAGGCGGAGCGGGCCAAGUUCAUUGUGGAGAAGGCGCUACAGGAGAAGCAGAGCGCCAUCGUGCGGGCGCAGGGUGAGGCCCAAUCCGCCAAGCUGAUCGGUGAGGCCGUGAAGCAGAACCCGGCCUUCCUUACGCUCCGCAAGAUUGAGGCUGCCCGCGAGAUCGCCGGCACGAUAUCCCAGUCCUCCAACAAGGUCUACCUGGGCUCGGACUCGCUGCUGCUCAGCGUGGUGAGCGUGCAGAACGCCGCCGAGGCUGGCACCGGCGCGGACGCCGGGCAGAACCAGGCUGGCAACGACUCCAAGACCGGCGCCGCUUCCGAGCUGACUGCGCCGGAGGCCGAGCCCAAGCGCAAGUCGUGGUUCUGGCCGUUCUAAACAAGGCGCUGCUGGGCUGGUUACGCGACGGGAUGCGUGAGGUGGCGCGUUUGGGGUUGGGUUAGUCCUCUUGAGAGGCCUUGGCGGUUGUGGGCUUGCGGUGAAUGUAGGAUGGGAAGUGGAGGAAAGCUCGGAGCACAAGGGUCCGUAUGUCGUUAGGGGCGUUAGCCUUCAGAAAAUGAAAUUACCUAUUGACAGCAUUUUCUGUGGCGGUACGUGAAUAGGAGGCAGCUGGAGAGUUGCUCUUUCAGUGAAGGUGGCUACAUAAGUCAUGAGUCUGGCUUUGCGCGGAAAUUACCUUGUUCGCCUGACUUAAUCGUUUUCGCUAUAAUUUUAUGGAACGGGACCUUUUUGCAGCUUCAUGCGGCGUAUAAGCGCAGUUGCAUCGGCAUUCGGGAUGGAAAAGUAUCUUCCAUCUCCCAUGCUGUAACCCGAUUUGCAUGGGG